GUCGGGACGAUUUUAGAACGGAGCAGGGCCUCCUGCCGUCAGACGUCUCGUGGCUUAGGGUGUGCUGUAUCAAUAUAGGGUCAAGACAGGAACAAGCUGGCCGGUGGUAGUGGUGAACGGUGCAGGUCUUCCUGAGUAGUACACGCGUACGUACGUCGGCCCUUCGCGAGUAAUGUCAAUGCGCGGAAAGACCGUUGUACGUAACGUUUGAGACGAGAUGACCUUAACAGAUCUUACGUCGAGGAAUAAAGGACCGCCAGAAUGGAUCGAAGAAGAUCAGAUCGUGUCAUCUCAAGGACGCAUAGGCGAGGACAUCAUCGUCGAACUGAAAUUGGUUUCAUCCGAAAGUUACGAUGACUUACAAUUCGAUUUAAUACGAGACGGAUUGCCAAUUUCAUCGGAUCGAUAUCGAUUGUCGAUGCGAGGCAAUGUCGUGCAAUUGGCCUUGAAGCAAUCGCGUAAAAACGAUACGGGUUACUAUUCUCUCGUAGCAACAAGACUUGGACAAGAAAACGAUAAAGGAGCUGUAAAGAAAAUUCACCUAAGUGUCAGCGAAGCAAGUUACGAAGAGGGUGAUCCCCCAAUCUUCUUGAGAAGAUUGAGCGAUCUUGCGGUUAAAGUCGGCACUCGAACCAGAUUUCUGAUAGAGAUUCGAAGUUCAACCACUCCGAAGAUAUCUUGGUAUAAAGAUGACUCACCUAUUCAUGAGGGACUCAGAUUCUCCCUCGUUCACGAAGGGAAUUUUCAUUGCGUCGACGUUGCUCCCGUCACGGUCGAGGAUCAAGGAUGCUGGACCUGCAUGGCGGAGAAUCGUAGCGGGAGAUCCUCGUGCACAUCUACUCUAACUGUUAUCGUUCCCAAGGCUUACAAAAGGCCAGAAUUUGUCGAAGAACUUCGCGCGUUGCUCACUGAGACGGGUACGGUGUCAUUGGAAUGCAAAGUAAUCGGUGUGCCCACGCCAGUACUAAGGUGGUUUAAAGACAGCAAGGAAAUUAAAGCCGGCGACGUUUUCGCUUUGACCGCCAAUCCCGAUGACCCGACUUCCCUUGGUGUUUAUACCUGCGAAGCAAAUAAUUGUAUGGGAACAACCUAUUCUUCUUCAAAGGUUCACGUAGCCGGAAAAGGAAGCCGAGAAGGUUCGCUGAAACCAGCGGAUGCUUUGGCACCGUCCGGGCCACUUCCGGUAUUUAAACAGAUACUCCAAGAUGAAUGUUGCCGAAUCGGAGACACUCUCGUGCUGUCCUGCCGAGUUCAAGUACCACCCUGGCCGAAGGUAAUCGCCUGGUACAACAAAGGAGGUCGUGUCGAACCCGACGAAAGAUAUCACAUAAUAGAAGACGGCAUCGGUGGAUAUUCAAUGGAAGUGAAACAAGUAGAGGCCAUGGACGAGGGUGAAUGGAAGUGCGUCGCUACCAGCGAGGAAAAUAUGAAGCAAUUCACGAGCUGCUACGUAGCCAUGUCUAUUCCAAGAAACUAUAGAAAACCGCGUUUCAUGGAGAAUCUGAAAGCAGUCUUGACGGAAGAAGGUCUUGUCUCGUUCGAAUGCAAAGUCGUAGGUUUUCCGACGCCGUUGCUAAGAUGGUUUAAAGACGGUCAGGAACUUAAGCCAGGAGACGUCUAUCAAUUAACCGGGACUAAUUCAUUAGGUUCGUAUUGCUGUAUCGCGAGAAAUUGCAUGGGCGAGGCCAAGAGUACAGCUGAAUUAACUAUCGAAGACAUCCAGAAUCAAUUAAACGAGGAAGAACGUUUUCAGCUUUUAAGCACUAAUCAGCCGCCAAAGUUUGUAAAAGGUCUCAGAAGUUGCGAGGCGAAGAUAAACGAAGAUUUUCGCUUUACAGUACAAGUAAGUAUUGCACCGGAACCGAGUCUUUCUUGGUAUAGAGACGAUGCAUUAGUGGAGGAAUCCGACAAAUAUCACGCGGCGAAGGAGAAUCUUGGCACAUGCCAUCUCGAAGUGCGAAAACUCGAAUUUAUCGAUCAAGCCGAGUGGAAGUGCGUAGCGGCAAAUGAUUUUGGUCAUAGCGUCACCUCCUGUUUCUUGAAGUUAAUCAUUCCCAAACAUUACAAAAAACCGAAAUUUCUCGAGAGUCUGCGCGCGAUUCUGUCAGAAGAAGGCGCGGUAAAUUUAGAAUGCAAAGUUAUCGGCGUCCCGCAGCCGGUUUUAAAAUGGUACAAAGACAACGUCGAACUCAAACCCGGCGACAUACACCGAAUUAUCUCCGGGCAAGACGGCACCUGCUGUUUAGGAACUUAUACUUGCGAAGCUAUCAAUUGCAUGGGAACAGUCAGUAGUUCCGCAUCUUUAUUAGGAUUUGAAGAUAAAAAACAAACCAAGGAGAUUCAGUCGCCAAACGGCCACGAACUGGCAAGGAAUCUAUCGUUGUCAACAAUACAUGAGGAACGAACUUCUCAGUUGUAUGAUACACCGCAGACAGAUCAUUCUGUCACUUUGGAUGACCGUGGCGAAGUGUCCUUUAGUUUUGAUGGCAAAGAAGUGUCGGUCAGUCUAUACGAAACACCCGAUCUCACCGAGGAAGAGGCGCUACAGAUUGUUGAAAUGUAUGCCGAUCAGUUGUCUGAACAUGUAACAGAACACAAUGUGAUCGAACUACCGCCAAUGAGAUUUGUCAAAGAAACAUCUACGUCCGGUAAUUUGCUGAUGGAGGCCGUAGUAAUCGACGUGUCGCCUGAUUACUUUGUUAGCGCCGAAGAAGGCGAUGAUUUACGGACAGAAGCCGAUUUCGAGGAUGUUUCUAUCAUGGAUGAUGUGACGCACGUCCUCUCGUCGCCUGAACGCGAUUCCCGAGGUUCUUUAAAGAGAUCAGCUCGAUACAACGGGGAUGAUGAUGAGAAAGUUCCUAGUAAGCCACCUCGGAAAAAAUCAACGAGUAUAUCGUCAUCGAAAAGCGAGAAGAGCCAACGAAUCGAAUCCGAGAGCUUCCAUAGCGCUCAAAAGGACGAGCCGCCAUUGUCUCCGCUCUCAUCCUUCAAGCAAGACGAUAGCGACACUUUCGCGGACGCUUUAUCAUCUGCGCAUCUCUCCAUCACAGAAAGUCUCAUUCAAAAACAUAUCACAGCGGAACAUGAUAUAACAGAUGCUAGAAAACGUAGUUUGAGCGCUGAAAGAUCAACCGGCUCCAGUUUGGACGAUGGAAUCGGUGGUGAUUCCUCCUUCGAUUCCAUGACUGGUGUUCCGAAAAAGAAACAGCGUAAAAACAAAAAAAAGAAAAAAGACAAGAGUAAUUCCGAGGAGUAUUCCGACCAUAGUGAUUACAAGGGUAGAAGAAGUAAAUCAGAAGAUAGAGCCGAUGUGAAAAUAGAACCGUAUCAAUCUAUAGAAUCGGUUGACGAAACAGGAAUGGAUAUCGGAAAUGGAAUCGAUACAAAAGAGACGAUAAAGAAAUCAUUUUCUGAAGAAAGACUGUUAGAUAAUUUAACAAGCGUGACGGAAGCUAUUAACGUACAUACUUUGGAAGAGACUCGAAAACUGAAAAAAGAUAUUCUUUUAGAAUCAAGAAUGGUCCUGCGCAAAGCUUUGGAAACGUAUGAAAAAGUUCCCGAUACUUUAGUACCACGAUUUUCCAGUAUUCGCGAGCGAGUCAACGAUGUAUAUCAAACAUUGGAAAUUUCAAAAGAAAAGAACAUGGAAAUCGAAACUUUAAUCGAUCUCGAAGAACCUCUGCAUGCAUUGCUGCAGGCUAUUGAUAAAAUUACGUCAGCGGAGGACAUAGAAAUUAUACGCAAUUUUCUCGAACCAUCGAUCCUUCAGUUGUCAUACAUCGUCGAAAAUCUCGGAUUGUCAUCUUUACAGCCUACGCUGACGAUUUUAAGAAAAAUCAACAAGCGCAUUUGUAACAUUCCUAUUGAAACGGAAGGAUUGUCCUCGAUAAAAUCAAUUGCUGACGAAACUCGAAAAAUACCCGAGGAAAUUCUAGAUAUACUAAUCGAUAUCCAGUCGGCGUUUAAUGCGAUUUUAGAUUACAUGGAAUGUUCAAAACUCGCUAUGAACGGAACUGCUGCUCCGCAGCAGGUUUUAACGGGAUCGAGACUCGCGGCGUGUUUAGUAGAGUUAAGAGAGUGCGUAUCCCACACAGCACAUACUGCAAUGACGUUGAAAGAAAAUGAGACAUUAAACAGUUUAAUGGAAUUUAGAGAACCCUUGUUAGAUCUUCAAGUAGUUUUAGCGUCAGAGGAACAUAUUUUUUGGGAAAUUACGUUACUGAAAAAAAUUAUCUUUGCCAUUGAAAAAUUGAAAAAUGUCAUUGUAACAAUACUAAAGAAUUCCAAAAAUCCUGAAACAAUUGCGCGAGUAAAAAUAAUUCUUCAGAUAUUGGAAGAUACUAAUAAGCAAAUAUCAAAAUUGAUGGAACAAUUGUUAGAGAUGGAAGCUGUACAGAAACACGUGCUAAAAAACCUAAACAUUGAUCAAAGUUUAAGCAGCGUGCAUUUCGCUUUAUCAUCGGUUUUAGAAAAGCAAGAAAAAUCUGCAAGCUCAUAUCAUUUAAUUACAUGUAUUGAAGCGUUACGUCAGACAAUUGGUUCUUCGGCGAUUACAAUAGCCAAUUUAUACAAUCCAAUCGAUAAUAAUAUAAUUCAAGAGAUUAAUGAAUUAACUGAUCCGUUGUUAAAUCUGCAAAAAAAUUUAUUAACGGAAAAACAUGAACCAGAAGAGGAGCAAAUUCUAAUUAAUUUGAUAAAUCCCAUCAAUAAAUUGAAAGAGAUAAUUCACAGCAUAACGGAAAGCGGUUCUUCGGUCGAGUUAAUAGUGCCUAUGAUAAAAUUAUUGGAAGAAAUAGAGAAAGAUGUAAUUCUUGUAGCAAAAGAAAUAUCAAAGAAAAAAUCUCAAGAGGAAAAUGCUCGAAGAGAAAAUACGGAAAAGAAAAGCGAUUCAAAAUGCAUUCUCGCUAAUCAAAUCAGCCGUUCUUUAGAACCUAUUAAACAAUGGUUAUCCACGUCUGAAGACAGUACAAAGGACGAAAUAGAAUCUACUCUAAGCUUAACGAUCGAGGAAUUGAAGAGAGACGUCACUCAAAUUGCCAUUCAAACGUCAUAUUCUGAACCACCAAAUGAUGAAAGUUUGAUAGAAGCAUUGAUUGAUCUUCGAGAACCAUUAAUAAAACUUAAAAAUGCUAUUUCUAUAUAUCACAGGCCGGAAGAUCUCUUGACUUUAGAGAACUUAGGUCAGCCUAUGAAACAUCUUUUGCAUAUUAUCACGGACAUUCUUCAUGAACAUGCGGAAGAAGAGCGUUUAAAAUCGAUAGUAGAUAUCGUCGAACAAAUUGAAAAUCAAAUACCGCUUUCGAUCGAAGAUGCUCUCCACCAGCAAGAACUUGGACAAUCUGUCAAAACAUUCAAUGUGGAAGAGGAAGAAGAAGCUAUUACAGUUUCUUCCCGAGAAACAAUUCCAGGCACUCUUACAGAAAUCGCGUCUACACCAUUUGAAACCGGAUCCACUACAUUGCCUAUUGAACAACUUGUAAUAGAAGAUACUGUCAAAAUAGUUGACGAUGUCGCUCUACAGGCUGUAAAGGCUGACAAGCAAAAAAGAGAGGAGAAUGCGGGCAAAUUAAUUACAGUCUUGUCGGAAACCUUGGAGAAGCUUCAAUUAGAGAUUACUAGUAUUUUAGAAGAUUUCGAGGAAUCGGCAACGCGAAUCGCUACGAUUCCCCAAUCAAAAUUAGCCAAUUUUCUCGAAGAAUUGAGAAGGACCAUCUCUACAAUACGCAUGAUAACCACCGUUUACGAUAAAGAAAUUGGAUCAUCUGAAGAAAAAGUUAAUCAAACAAUUCUAGUGUUAACUAAUUUAACACAACCGCUAACAAAUAUACAAGAACUGCUUUCCAGACCAUGCAAACAUGAUGUCUCGGAACUUAUGAUAUUGAAUCAAUUAACGCCACUGUUGAAUGUGAUAGAAAAUAACGUGAUAAAACAAGCAAUUGAUUUUGUCGAUAAAAAUGAAGACACGGAGAAAGAGUUUGAAUUUCUUGUAUGCGUUUUAAAAGACAUUAAAGCAGAAAUUCCCACUCGAAUUCAAGAAAUAUCAUCAAAACAAAAAAUUUUGGAAUGUCUCCGAGAUAUCUCGAAGCCUCUAGAUAGCAUUGUAGAGCGUAUGAACGAUCUGGAAAAAGCUGCGGAAGAAACCCUCGAGACGGAUGUCGCGAAUAUUUUGGGAAAGCCAAUUGCCGCUCUUUUAAAAAAUAUCAAGACCGCUAUCCAAGAAGUAGAUACGCUAAAUCGACGAGAGCCAAUAAUUAACGAAUUACGAAAUCUUCUCGAACCUUUGAUAGAAUUUCAUACCUGCCUUUCAAUGAUACAGAGCAUUCGACGAAGUUUGGUUCCCGAAGCCAGUUUAUUAGACGAAAGAAGAAACGUUAUCCUGCGAGCGGUGGAUGAUUUGCGGAAAAAAGUUUGUCAUACUGUCGAAGCAAUCGCGAAUAUGGAAGAAGCCUCUCUAUUCGAUGAAUCUUUGAUGUCGCUUAAUUCCGCGAUUCUGCAAGUACAGAAGCAAAUCGGCAAGACUGAUUAUUCGCGCCGAUCUAGUAGUGUCAAGAUUUCUCUUCAGCAUCGACUUACUGGAACGUUGAAUCGCUUAGCAAAUGCUAUAAUAACUGUGGAAGAACACGCUGACAGAGAUACAUAUGGAAUAUUAUCCAAAUGCUUGGAGGCAUUGCAGAAACAAAUCUCCUUCACGCAAAUGCAAUUUAUUCAGAUUGAUAGUGAAUCAAUUGACGAAGAGGCAAUUGUAGAAGGCUUUCUUUAUCCGACUAAUCAACUUCUAUCGGCGUUAAAUAUUCUUAAAGAAAAAAUACCGUCGGCGAUUUCACAUAAUUUAAUAAUUCAGUUUCAAGAACUAGCCGAUUCGAUCUCAGAACUAAAUUCUUCUUUGUCGGCGCAUAAAGCGGAACUUAUACAAAGAGGCGCUUCUAUAGGAGCGCCUAUCGUAGAAACCUUUUGUGCCGUUACGGAUGUCUUAAAUCACGUGAAAGAUUCCAUAAUGACAAUAGAGAAGAUAAUCGAACAGAAAGAGAGCAAAGUCAUCACAAAAGUAGAAAGUGUCACUGAUGAAAUUAUAGAAAUAUCGCAAGAGGAAAUUGAGAGCGUAAUAAUGAUCACGGAAAUACCAUCGGCAGUUCAAGAGGUUGCUCAAUCGAAGAUUGAAGAUACACCUAAAAUAACACAAACACCGGUUAUAGAAAAUCUAGAAGCGGUGAUCCAUAUUGAACAAACGGAAGAUAAUCUAGCGGAUACAAAAUAUGAGGAGAAUCGGGAAGAAAAUGAAAAACGAGAAGACUUGAUAAAUCAGAUGUCAAAGUUCAACUCUGCGAUAAAUAGCCUGGCACAGCCGUUGAGAGAACUGAUCAAUUUCGUGAAAUCCGCUACGCAAGAAUCGCUGACUUCAAAAUCCGAGGAGAACAAGCGAAAAAUACAAGAGCUAACAGCAUUGGUACAAAUUCUUUACGAUUUACAAGCUACAAAUAUUUCUAUUAAGACGGCAUUGUCUUCCUCGUCCAUUAUACUAGUAGAUAAUAAAUUUUCUCGUAUGGAAGAUAUCCUGACUGAUUUUGAGCGAGCUAUCGGUACGGUUAUUUCUUUGACUGACGCAGGAGUGAGACCAGAAUUAAAGGAGAACAUUAUGACGUCUUUACAAUCUAUUGCCGAGCCCUUAGAUGCUCUUGAAAAUAUAUUGGCAUCUAUAUGUCAGACGUUUGAUGGAGACAAAUACGUCGACAGAGAAUCGUUAUCGAUAAUUGCAAAAGAAUUAAUGCCGUGCAUUAAAGACACUGUUAAAUCUAUAAAUGAGAUCCAGAUAUUAAAAUCUGUUAGAAUUGCUGACGAGAAAGAAACAGAAAAAUUGAAAAUAAAAGAGGAAGCAAAUAAUAUUGAAGAAACGACUGCGCGACCUCUCGAAGAACUGAUAGAAGCUAUUAUGGAUUCUCAGGAUCAGGUAAAAUGCGACAAAACUUCGCUUUACGAAUCUAGUUCGCCUUCCGCCGAUUCGAUCGAAUCAAAAAGCAUCGACAAUUUACAAUUGAUGGAAGUAGAAACACAAUUAAAUGAAACACUCGUUAAAAAGGCAGACGAUUCAAUGGCACAAGAUACAGUAGAAAUACCGCAACAAGAAUUGACAUCCGCACCAGCAUCUAGCCAAAUCGGAGAAAUACUUACUGAGAAGAAAGAAGUGAUAAAGUCUGUAACAGAAUCCUUGGAAGAAGUCAAAGAGCAAAAUUUAGGAGCGAUUAGUCAGCAAAAAAUAGAAUUAACUCAAGUAUCUGAAAAAUAUGAAAUGCAGGAAAAACAAAUAAAAGCUGAAACUUUGCAAGCAAUUAUUUCUCCUCUUCAAGUAUUGCAUAAAUCAUUCGACGAAAUCGGAGAAAUAGGAAUUUUAGAAUCAUCUGACAAGAAAACGAUAGCAUUUUCGACUCUGAUAGAACCGUUGUUAACUCUAAAAGUUGCAUUACCGUCCGAAGUUACUGAGGAAAUAAAGCAAGACACAGUGCCGUUAGAAAAGUUAUCUAUCACAUGCGUUUUGCAAGAACUACAAAAAUCAAUCGCUACAAUUCAAGAGCAAGUACAACUUAAUACUGUAGCCGAAGCCAAUUCAAGCAAAACGUCUAAAAUGCGUUUAAUGCAAGCCAUCGAAAAACCAUUAGAAGAUUUAAAAAUGUCAAUCGCGUGCAUCCAAUCCGAUCCAAUAACUAGUCAAUUGAUUCAGGAAAAAGCGGAGUUAUCGAGCGUUGAACAGAUCACAAUUUUACAAACUCUUGCGAAAUCAGUGGAGCAAUUUGGAGAAAGAUUUAUGUCUAUUACUAAUGAGAUAAAAAUAGAAGCAGAAUCUGUACCACCAUUGCAAAUUGUUAAACAAAAAGAUCAAGAGCUUGAGCCAGAAAUUUUACAUAAGAUUGUUGAUCCGAUUCAUAUUCUACGUGAAACACUCUCUCAAAUCGAAGAAUUAAAGAGUCAUAAAGCUGAGUUGCUAGAAAUACCAGAACAGGAAAGAGAGAUUGUUCAAUUAAAUACGGUGAUAAAUCCUUUGGAAAAAUUAGAACAAUUAUUAAUCACAGAUAUACAACAGAUUACAGUGGCGCAGGAGAAAGUUACGGAAGAUCUUAGCGGAAAUCAAGUUUCAUUGGCAAGUGCGGAUUUAAAGCCCGUACUAGAAGAGCUAAGAAACUCAAUUGUUGUAGUCCAGCAGCAAGCAGUCUCUAACGAAGAUAGUCUUACAGUAAAAACUUUAAACGAAGCUUUCGAAAAUCUGAAAACGCCAUUAACAAUCAUCGAAGAAAUUGCCGAUCGCUUCGAUGAAGUUGCUGAAACUGAAAAAUUAUCGACUUUACUAACAUUUGCGAAAUCGGUGGAAGAAACAGUGAAUCAACUAGCUAUAGCUAAGCAAAAUGUAAUGCAACAAGAAAUGCGAGAAAUUUCUCUGUUAAAAGCGAUAACUAUUCCAAUCGAAGGGCUACAAAGUGCAAUAUUGAAACUCGAAGAUCAAGUGUCUCAAACAUUGGAAACAAAAGAGUCAAUAAAACUUGUUGCUUUAGAAUGUAUAGUGCAACCGUUGCAAGAGUUACAGCAAUCUUUCUUAAUUGCAUCUCAUCAGGAGAUCGCCCAAUCUUUGCAACGAUUGCCAAUCAAGCCGAUAUUGGACAAUUUGAGUAAAUCUCUUGCGGUGAUUCAAGAUCAAACUACGAUCGUUCAAGAUUUACUCGCGGAGGCGAAUACAGAUGAUUUGACAAUAUUAAAAGAUUUUGCAAAAUCACUCGGUAAUUUGAGAACGUCGACAGUGGUCCUGCAACAAUUAAAUGCGAUAGAAAACGCUGGCCAACAAAUCGUAGAGAUUGAAAAUGCGUCCGCGUUGCAAGCAUUCGCAAAAUCUAUCGAGGAAUUUAAAAAAUGUUGCUCCGUCGUCGUCGAACGGCCGAGAGUCAUCGAAGUCUUCGCGACAAAUGCAGAAUUAAAACAAUCGGUCAAAACGGAUACGCAACCCCUCGAAAGUAUUAUCGAGCCUCUACGAAUUUUACAAGAGCAAAUUUUAACCAUUGAAGAAACUAAAAUGCAAGAAUCUGAAAUCUUGGAUAUUACGGAGACAAAAAAACCGGUUACCGUGUUGAGCAGUCUAGUUGGUCCCUUGCAACAACUUGAAAAAUCUUUUAUCGCAACGGUGCGCAAGGAGCAUGUGAUCGAACAUGAUGGACAGGAUCUAAAAGCCGAAUCAUCUUCCAUGAGCUUAGAAAAACUUGCCUUACAGCCUAUCCUCGAGGAGGUGCAAAAGUGCAUUGCCACUGUUCAAGAGCACGUGAUAUUAGAGGCAGGCAGCCAAAUUAUCUCGGAAACAGAAACUGACGCUUUACUGAAAUCGAUCGCGCAGCCUCUAGUGGAUCUAAGAGCCUCCGUUGCCUCUAUUCAGCAAGUAGCCGCAGUUGCGCCUGAUCCUUUAAACGAACUGGCACAGCAACACAAUGUCUCGGCAUUGGAAACGUUCGCCGAAACUCUCCACAAUCUAUCGGAAUGUAUAGCAAUGUGCAAUCAUCAACAGAUAAUCAUGGAGCCUGUGGCAGACACCUUUUCCGAAGACGCUUCGUCUUUGAAUACAUGGGCAGAUGUAAUCGACGAACAAUCUCUUUCAAAAGUCACGCGUCCGAUGGUGAUCGAUCAGGGCGCGAUCGAAUCUCCUGUCGAGAUCGCGAUAUCGAUAUCGGAAGAUGAAGCAUCCGCGUUGAAGACAUUAGCAAAGCCUUUAACCGAAUUACGAGAAUGCCUUGCACUGGUCGUUGAAGAGCGCAAAGUAGUCACGCCGAGCGAUACGACGUCUUCUUUAUCGGAGAGGGAAAAUGUCUCUCUGUUGAAAACGAUGAUACAGCCUUUGUUAGAGUUGAAGGAUGCAGCCACAGCGGUAAUUAUUCAAGAACAGACAACUAUGGAACGUGCAAAUGAACAUUCAUUCGCAAUCGAGGAUAAGAAUGAAUUCGCCCUUCAUCCAUUGAUGGAACCGCUCGAGGAACUGCGCCAUUCCAUCGCCGUAAUACAGGAUCAGAUGUUGGUUGAAACAUCAAUGGAUCGACCGAAGAAUGACAUUGUAUUAGAUGCACUGGCUGAACCUCUGUUCGACCUCCAGCGCGCUAUAUCGGUUCUAGAAGCACGAAUUAUAUCGCCGGAUGUCGAGUCGAUGCCUGAAGAUACGAGCAACAAUUGGAUCACGGAAUGUUUAGCGGUUCCUCUGCACGAGAUAGAGAGAUCGAUAGCCGAUAUUCGACAAUGCACAAUAAUGGAACCUGAAACUGUAAUUAUGGAAGAACAAAUAAGAACAUCAACGCCAAACUGGUCUAUUGUGGAAGAAUUAUCGAAACCGAUGGAAAAUAUUAAGACAGCUAUAUUGCGUAUGGAAGAUGACUAUACCGAAACUGAAGUUCUCAAAACAAUGGCAAAAUCACUUACUAAUGUACAAGAGAGUUUGAUGUUAUUGACAAACAAAUAUAAUUUAAAUGCUAUUGAUGAGGAAACCAAUAUUGACGCUAUUAUCAAUUCUCUUUUUAAUCUUGAGAAAUGCAUUUCAUUCGUUAAGAGAGAAAUUGUCGAUAAACCAAUGUCCGAAUCAUCAAAUACCAUAGAAACAGAUACUACUAUAUCCACCGCUCUUAAUGUACCAUUAAACGAGCUAAAAUAUUCCAUUGUGACCGUAAAAGAAUCCCCAAGCAUUUAUCUAAAGGAUUUAAAAAGACCCUUGGAACUCUUGCAAGAUGCGCUCGAAGCAGUUAUAUCUAUACAACAAAAUAAAAAGCUCUUGGAAUUAUCGACAAAAAUAAUGAAUACUAUUUUGAAUAUUAACACGUCUGUUGAAUCUAUCGGACACAAAUUAGAGGAACAACAGAUGUCUGUCAUCGAGAUUUGUAUCGAAUGCGAAGCACUCGGAAUAUUGACGAAACUUUUACAGAAUAUUAAACAGUGUAUCGCACAAAUACAAGAGAAACCGAGUACCGAAUUGAUGAUCAAUGCCUUGCAAAAUCUCGAGAAAUCAGUAGCUAUAAUACAACAGCAGUCAGCCGAUAAACCGUUGGCGGAUCCGCAGCAUACAAAUUUCGGUAUCCUCUCGAAAAAUUUAAUACCGUGCCUUCAUGAAUUGCAAGAGUCAAUGGAAGAGGCGAAAACUUUAUGGCAUACACAAACAAUAUUAGAAGGAUUAAAAAUUCUUGAGAAACCGAUCUGCAAAUUGCAAUCUGUCAUAAAUAUUAUAUGUGAUCAGUUUUUGGUAGGAGAAAUGAGUCAGACAAUAGAAAAACAGAAGAAAGUACCUCAAAAGAAAUCUGCAAAAAAAGAAAUAGAAAAAUCUAAAAUUGAAACAAGUAUUGAAAAAGACGAUGAAGUAAAGAAAACAAUAAAAGUAGAAAUAGAAGAAACUAAGCUGACAGACAAUGCAGACUCUACAGUAAUUAAUGAUACGGUAGAUAAAGAGGAAAAAAAGAGUUUAGAAAUACAACAGAAACAGGAAAAAGAAGAAGAAAAAUCAAUUAAGGAGAAAUUAGAACAGCCAAAAGAUGAUAUAGUUGAAAAAAAGAAAGAAAAAGAAGAGGAAUAUAAAAAGAUAGAGAAACAACAAGAAUAUAUAAAAGAGACCGAUAAAAUAAAAAGUGAAACUGAGGAACAAAAGAAAGAGGAAACAGAAAAAAUAAAUAAAGAACAGAAAAGCAAAGAAAUUGAACAAGUAAGAGAAGAAGCAGAGCAAAAUGAAACAAGUAUAAAAGAUAAAAAGAUUAAGAAAGAUAAAAAAGAACGUAAGACAACACAAGAAACCGAAAGUUUAAAGAAAGAAGAAGCUGGAGAAAUAAAACAAAUCGAAAAGCAGCAAAAGGAAAUGAAUGUGACAGAAAGCAUAAAAAACGAAAUCGAAGAGUUUAAAAAAAUCACAGAAACUGGAGAAAUAAAAAGCGAAAAUAAUGAACAAAACAAAGAAAAUCGUGAGAAAAUAAAUAAAGUGGCAGAGGAACAAAAAAAAGAGCAAGAGACUGUACAAGAAAGAAAGGAAUCAGAUAAAAGUAAAAAAACUGAAAAGAAUCUAAGCACAAAGGUAGAAAAAACAGAAAAGGAUAAAGCAGAAGAAACCAAAAAUAAAGUGGCAGAGGAACGAAAGGAAGAGCAAGAGACUGUACAAGAAAGAAAAGAAUCAGAUAAAAGUAAGAAAACUGAAAAGGAUCUAAGCACAAAGAUAGAAAAAACAGAAAAGAAUAAAGCAGAAGACAUCAAAGAUAAAGUGGCAGAGGAACACAAGAAAGAGCAAGAGACUGUACAAGAAAGAAAAGAAUCAGAUAAAAGUAAGAAAACUGAAAAGGAUCUAAGCACAAAGGUAGAAAAAACAGAAAAGAAUAAAGCAGAAGACAUCAAAGAUAAAGUGGCAGAGGAACACAAGAAAGAGCAAGAGACUGUACAAGAAAGAAAAGAAUUAGAUGAAAGUAAGAAAACUGAAAAGGAUCUAAGCGCAAAAUUGGAAAAAACAGAAACGAAUAAAGUAGAAGAAACCAAAGAUAAAGUGGCAGAGGAACACAAGAAAGAGCAAGAGACUGUACAAGAAAGAAAAGAAUCAGAUGAAAGUAAGAAAACUGAAAAGGAUCUAAGCGCAAAAGUGGAAAAAACAGAAACGAAUAAAGCAGAAGAAGCCAAAAAUAAAGUUGCAGAGGAACGAAAGGAAGAGCAAGAGACUGUACAAGAAAGAAAAGAAUCAGAUAAAAGUAAGAAAACUGAAAAGGAUCUAAGCACAAAGAUAGAAAAAACAGAAAAGAAUAAAGCAGAAGAAGCCAAAGAUAAAGUGGCAGAAGAACACAAGAAAGAGCAAGAGACUGUACAAGAAAGAAAAGAAUCAGAUAAAAGUAAGAAAACUGAAAAGGAUGUAAGCACAAAGGUGGAAAAAACAGAAACGAAUAAAGCAGAAGAAGCCAAAGAUACAGAGAACAAAAAAGUACAAGCGAAGGAAAAGAAAGAGGCUGAAAUAAUAGAAAAGGAAAAAGAACUGAAAGAUAUAAAAGAAAAUGAAAGAGUAAAAGAUGCAACAGAACAUAGUAAAAAAGAUGAAAUUGAAAAAGUACAGAAAGAAGAAAAAGAAAAAACAGAUAGAACACAGCAAAAAGAGCAGGAACAUAUAAAAAUAGAAGAAACUGAAAUCGCAAAAAAAGAAAAAGACACGCACGACAACAAAAUGGAAGUCGAAGAAAUAAAAAAGCAAGAGGAGAGUAAAACUCUCAAAAAAGAUAAGAAAGAGCAAGAGAAAGAAAACGAAAAAGCAAAAAGCAAAAAGACUGAGAAACUGAAAAAGGAGAAAGAAAAGCUGGCACAAGAGAAACAAUUAAAAAAGGAAAAAGACGAAAAGUCAAAAGACGAAGAGAAAACGAAGGAAAUGGAAAAGAAAAAGGAGGAAUCUAGUAAGAAAGAUGAGUCUGCACAAGAAAUAAGAAAAAAACAGGAACAAGUAGAAGCAGUAAAAACACAAGAGCAGAAGGAAAAAGAAAUAACAGAAAAAGUAAAAGAGAAAGAAGGCAAAGAAGCAAAAGAUGAUGUGAAAGAAUUAGAAACGAAAAAAGAAAAGUCUAACAAAACAGAAGAAUCUACAGAGAAAAAGAAAGAAAAGGAACAAAAACAAGAGGAUAAAGUUAAAAUAUCAAAGAAGGAGGAUGAGGAACAAAAACAAACAACUAAAACUGAAAAAAUAAAGGUAGCAGAAAAUCAACAAGCAGAAACAAAGAAAGAUAUGCAAGAGGAUAAGAAAAAAAUAACACAAGAGAAGGAUAAGCAGGAAGAUAAAAAAAUAGAAAAGAAAAGAGAAGAACAAAUAGAAAAAGAAAAGGAGGAGAUUGUUAAAAUAGACCAAGUGGUACAGCAAACACAAAAUGAAUACAUAAAGAAAGAAAAUGAUGAAGAUAAGAGCAAACAAAAAUAUAAAGACGCAAAAAAGGAUCAAGAACUAGGAGAAAAGACACGUAUAAAACAAAAACAAGAAGAAAAAUCGAACCAAGAAAUUCAGAAAUUACAAUCGAGAGAGGAUAAAGAUUUAUGUUUAAAAGUGGAUAAAUAUCAGGAAACACAAAAAGAUGACGCAAUACUCCAAAAACGACAAGAACAGAAAAAAUCGCAAUUUGAAAAAAUAGAAAGAACAAAAAGAGAUGAGGAACAGAAACCGUGGAGGCCACGGGAAGAUGAAAAUUGGUUACGUACGAGAAAAGAGGAGCGAGUUAACAGAAAUGAUGAAUACAGAUUAGACAAAGAACGUAAAGAGGAAUAUGAUCGUCAAAAAAGAAAUGAUAAUAAAAGGCUUCAUCGAAUGGAAAUGGAACGCUUAGAAAAUAAAAAAACCGUGGGGCAAUCCAAAAGAGAUGAAACUGAUUAUAUAUUUAGAGCAAACGAGGAGAGGUUUCAGAAAAGAAGCGAGGAAAAGAGAAUCAGGGGAGACGAGACUGCUAGAUUAUUAUGGGAAGAAGGACAAAAAUUACGAAAAAGACAGGAGGAAGAGAUAUACAGGAAUAAUGAAAGAAGAAAGGAGCAAAUUAGAGAAAGCGAAUGGUCCAGAAGACGUGAAAACGAAUCCGAUCGCUUCCUUAAAAACAUGUUGGAAACCAGAUACAAGCCCGACAAAUCGACCGCAAUGUUUUUCGACGUCGAUUAUUCGCGAGAAUAUACUUCACGAUUUGUAAAAAAAUCGCAAUUUGAAAAAAUAGAAAGAACAAAAAGAGAUGAGGAACAGAGACCGUGGAGGCCACGGGAAGAUGAAAAUUGGUUACGUACGAGAAAAGAGGAGCGAGUUAACAGAAAUGAUGAAUACAGAUUAGACAAAGAACGUAAAGAGGAAUAUGAUCGUCAAAAAAGAAAUGAUAAUAAAAGGCUUCAUCGAAUGGAAAUGGAACGCUUAGAAAAUAAAAAAACCGUGGGGCAAUCCAAAAGAGAUGAAACUGAUUAUAUAUUUAGAGCAAACGAGGAGAGGUUUCAGAAAAGAAGCGAGGAAAAGAGAAUCAGGGGAGACGAGACUGCUAGAUUAUUAUGGGAAGAAGGACAAAAAUUACGAAAAAGACAGGAGGAAGAGAUAUACAGGAAUAAUGAAAGAAGAAAGGAGCAAAUUAGAGAAAGCGAAUGGUCCAGAAGACGUGAAAACGAAUCCGAUCGCUUCCUUAAAAACAUGUUGGAAACCAGAUACAAGCCCGACAAAUCGACCGCAAUGUUUUUCGACGUCGAUUAUUCGCGAGAAUAUACUUCACGAUUUGAUUCUGGUAUUUCGACGCUUUCUAGCACUUCCAGAUCGUAUAGCUGGAGAGAUUCUUUGACGUCAUUAAGUAGAAGAAGAAUCGACGAUUACUGGGAUUAUAAAUUACACGGCUCUUUUAUGGAUAAAUAUUAUUUCGACGCAGGAUCGUCGUACAGAAGGCGCAAGAAAAGAGAUAACCGUAUGAUUCGCGCGAGAUCCACUAGUUUACUAAAGUACGAAGACUAUUCGACCGGAGAUAGCGAUGCUACCAUUGUACCUAGCACUCGACGCAUUCGACCUAUCCGACGUACAAAAACAGAGGCUACCCCACGUAUCAAUUUCGACAUUUACGAGUUUAUUCCGUCUAGCUACCCUGGCUUCGGUCAAAGUGAGGAUCUUCCGUGGGACAAACCAAAGAAGCCAUCGUUCUGCACGAGACUGACGAACAGAAUCGUAGGAACUGGUAUGAGAACAAGACUGACCUGCACCGUACUUGGUAAUCCGGAACCGCGCGUCUACUGGACUAGAGAUGGUCAAAAGUUGGAUGUAUCAGACAGUCGCUGCAGAACGCGAUACGAGAACGGUAUGGCCUAUCUGGAAUUAUACGACGCACUUCCCACAGACGCCGGAAUAUAUGCGUGCGUAGCUGAGAAUACGCAUGGCAUUUCGAGCACCGAGUCCACCUUAAGGGUUUAUUCCGAUUAUAAACCUGCGCAUUCGCCUCCAACAUUUGUAAAAUCAAUUAAAGACACUUACCGAUAUUCCGAUCAGAAGCUCAUCUUGGAAUGUCGUGUACGAGCACAUCCGACUCCUUCGAUUUCCUGGCUAAAAGACGGGCGGAUUCUUGAGGGCGAGCGUUACGAGCAGAUCUAUCUCGACGAUGAUAUAUAUCGAUUAGAGAUAGCGAAUCCUAAUGCCGCAGAUAAUGGACGAUACACGUGUCGUGCGGUAAACGAGUUGCACACCGAGGAAAUAUCUCAUAUAGUUCACGUCGAAGAUUGGCAAUCGACGAGCCGAUACGAUAUAAAAUCGAGCAACGAAAUUGGAUCGGAAUUUGCGCGACGACCACGAUUCUCUAAUUUAUUAAAGGAUUACAACGUGCCUGCUGGCGGUACCAUCGCUCUUCAAGUAGAAGUUAAAGGUACACCAGCUCCGGAAGUAAAAUGGUUACGCGGUGACCGGAAGGAGCCGAUAGCCAUAUCGAAGGCGAAAACCUUCACCGAGCGUGGACUUCACACGUUAAUUGUACCCGAGGCCACAGAAUCGGAAAGAGGUACAUACGUGUGUAGAGCGAUCAAUGCUUACGGACAAGUGGACACGUCGGUGACAGUGGACGUAAUAUCAUCGAGCGCUAUCGACGGCGGAAAACCGGCGGUGUUCGUCUCGAGACCGUCCAAGAAAUCGAUCGACGUGACCGUCGGUGAAGACGUCAGUAUAUCCUUUCGAGUCAACGGUACUCCUAAGCCACGAGUAAUCUGGAUGAAAGGAUUAACGGACAUCACGGACGGACCAAGAUCGUACAAGGAGAGUAUUGAUGAUUAUGUCAGAUUAACGUUAAAAAGAGCCGUACCUUCUGAUGAAGGUACCUACUGCAUUCUGGUUAAGAAUAGAUAUGGUUGCGACAGAAGCUUCUUCUCGAUCAAGGUGAAGCAACGCGCUAGGUCGUUGACCCCAUCGCCAGAUUGGAAUUCCGUUACCGAACAUGACGCAGGCGAAGAGCACGAUGACGACAUGUCAUAUGUGAGAAUUUGCACCAACUGCAAGACAUUUGAUUAUAUACACGCUAAAAAAUAUAUUGCUAAGGAAAAUAAAAUAAAAUUUAUCAUGAAGCCACACGAUCAUGGGAUCUUUGUCAACGAUGGAAACGAUAUCACUAUCACUAUCUCACGUUUAAGAAGUUCAUGGACAAAUAAGAAUUGUUUAAUCAUUGAUUUUUUGGAAUAUCUGUAUGGACAUCGAGACGUACCUGGUCCGAUCAGUAGCGAGCCUGUUGCUGUUGAUGGUGGAAAGAAUUGGUUGUCGCUGACUUGGGGUAAAGCAGAGAGAAGAGGACCUGCUCCGGUGAUCGCUUAUAAAGUCGACGCUUGGCUUCUUGGAAGUGACGGAGGCGCACGAUGGGUAGAGCUGGGAAUCACGCCGAUCAACACGUUCGACGCGUUCAAUUUGCGAUCGGGUGGAGAGUACAAAUUCCGCGUAACUCCGCGAAAUCGUUACGGAUGGGGCGAACCGGUUACCAUGACAAAUUCAGUUUUAGUGAGCGAAAGUACCGAUCUUCCGGAAUUCACGAAAAUCUUACCGGGUCAAUUGAAGGCUCUCGAAGGAACGCCAAUAAAAUUGGAAUGCGAGAUUCGCGGUAAUUCCAAGAUGGAUGUACGAUGGUACCGUGAAACAACGGAGAUAGAUUCGCACGGUGAUUCAAGAUUCGCGAUACACCGCAAUGGUUCCAAAUGUUUCUUAACAAUUGCGAAUAUUAGAGAGGAUGAUUCCGGGAGAUACGUUUGCGAGGCGAACAACAAGAUCGGUAAAGUGUCGUCGUUCGCUAGGGUUCUCGUCGUUAACGAUCCAAGAAUUAUCGAGGCUGAUAUAAAACUCAGAACAAAGUAAGUAGAUAUAUUAUUCGCGAGACUGACAAGGCCAGUAAUAACGUUAUAUAAUUCCGUUAAAAGUUUGAGCAUCGAACCGGAAGAUAAACCGCCGCAAUUCACCAUGAGAAUACGGGACAGACGAGUGCAGACAACUUAUCCGGUAAGGCUUACCUGUCAAGUUAUCGGGCAUCCCGCUCCAGAGAUCACGUGGUACAAGAAUGAAGCAAAAAUCUCCCAAGACGAUCGUCACAUCUUCUGGGAUGACGACUCGAACUUCCACACUCUGGAAAUAAUUCAUUCCACCCUCGACGAUUCCGGAUGUUACAUGGUGACAGCGAGGAAUGUAAACGGCUCUGUAUCUUGUCGAUGUAACCUCGUGGUGGAUAAGGGAAUUCGAGCUUACGUUGCUCCAGAAUUUCUUCGCGGCCUCGACGCGGCUUACACGAUUCAUUCUGGCGGGGAGCUGCGAAUGUCCGCGCAACUCGAGGCUUAUCCGAGUGUUGGUGUCGUUUGGCAUCGCGAUGGUAAUCGACUACGACCCAAUAGAAGAGCCAUAAUGACAUUGAGCCACGACGGUACCGUCCAAUUUUCUCUGCCUAACAUCACUGCCCGAGAUGCCGGAGUUUACAGCUGCACCGCGACGAAUGCAGUCGGUCAUACGGAGACAUCGACCAGGGUGGCUGUCAUCACGGAUGCAGUUUCGGAUCAGUCGUCCAUUGAUGGAUCAUUCAAUAUUAUGAGUGCAUCUCCGGAUAUACCAUAUUCCAAGGAGCCACUUUUCGUCACGAAACCGUUAUCAACCGAAGCAGUUGAGGGCGAUACGGUCAUCAUAUUCUGCGAAGUCGUCGGAGAUCCUAAGCCCGAAGUAAUAUGGCUGCGCGAUUUUCUCAAGAUAGCUAUGACGGGCGAUUUCGCUGCCGAGUUCGACGGCGAGACAGCGCGAUUAAGUAUUCAGCAUGUCUAUCCCGAGGAUGAAGGAGAGUAUACGUGUGUGGCUUACAACGACCUUGGGAAAGCGUAUACAUCGGCAUGCCUAGUUGUGGAUGUACCCGAGGGAAAGGAAAAUAUAUUGAGUCAAAGAUUGACGAGGCCAGUAGGUCUGCUGUCGGCAGGAUCGACACCGAGGUCGACACCACGAUCGACGCCGAUCAGGAGUUUAUCACCAGCAAGAAUUGCUUUCAGACGGACGCGAAUUCAGAUCACCGCAAGUUCUGCCGCGAGGCAAACGUCGUCGAAACGACCCAAGGUUUGCCCACCGAAAUUUUACGCGGUGCCGCACAAUCGUCUGGUCCAGGAAGGUGAGACUGUGCGUUUCCAGUGCGCGGUAGUCGGUCAUCCCACGCCCUGGGUAAGAUGGGACAAGAACGGUAGCAUCGUAACACCGAGCGCAAGGAUUUCCAUCAAGGAACGAGACGACGUUAAGAUACUUGAGAUUGUUGACGUAAUGCGGGAGGAUGCCGCUCUUUACAGAGUGACGGCGGAGAACGAUUUUGGCCGGAUCGAGGCCAGCGCUCGUCUGGAAGUAAUAAGUCGAUAUGAUUCGACAAGUCGGACUAUCAGGACUAGAAGCGCCUCACCUAGGACUUAUCCUUCAUUCGAUCGGAGCCUCCUGUCAACUACUAGUAGAAUAAGCGAACGCUUGCAGCUGGAAUGCCGUAUAAGAGGAACACCGAGUGUAACGCCGACGUGGUACAGAAACGGACGACCGUUGGAACGAUCCACUAGAAUAAAGAGGUAUUUUGACGGCACGACGGCCAGAAUCGAAAUAUCGAAGGUAAAGGCCAGCGACGCGGGUGAAUAUACCUGUGUAGCGAGUAAUGUCCUUGGAUCAACGAGAAGUACUUGUCAGGUAACCAUAUUAAAUCCGCGCGAUUCGUCCAUCGCGGACAAGGACGCACCGCGAUUUCUCCGAUCGUUACCGGAAGAAUCGAUUGUUAUGGAAAAUCAUUGUCACGAAUUUCAGACAGGAGUCACAGGUACACCUCCUUUCACGGUCACGUGGUCCAAGGACGGUCGUGAAUUACCUGACAACGAUUAUUAUAGAUACGUUAUAUAUGGAGACGGCGGUAUUGCUCUUAGAUUAUCCGAGGUUCGCCCGCAAGAUGCCGGUGAAUAUACCUGCGUUGUGCGAAACGACUUCGGUGUUGCUUCCUGCAGUAGUCUUUUUGCUGUUCAAGACUACAAAGACGUUUCCAAAUUGGCAUUACAAUUUACGAAAACUCCACUAUCAAUACUCGCCGUUAAAGGCGCUACCGCUUGUUUCUGUGUUCGAACGCAGUGUGAAAAAACCGUGGAACUUACUUGGACGAUUAACGGAAAAGACGCUAGAGAAAAUACAAAGUGUAAAAUCGAAAGAGAUGGCAACGUCAGCAUCUUGAGAAUACGCGACAUAUCAUCGCGCGAUACAGGAGAGAUUCGAUGCACAGCCUCCGUGAACGGCAAGGGUCCAUCCAUCAGUUGCGUUGCCAAACUGCGAUUACAACGUUCGCUGCACGAUUCUACCGAUAGAAGCCCUCCGCCGGUUGCAGCAAUGACAAAGCCCGAAGAUAUUCAGUCUCAUGCACAGGCUAAGCUAUCGCUGACGAAUAUUAAUAACACAGGCAUGCCAGAAAAAAUCACGGAGCUAUCAUUAUUAAAACAUCGACGACGACGUGAGGAAUCGCCGACGCGAACCAGAUCGUCUUCGUUUCCUCGGCGGAUCGUAUCGUACACUAAAAAUGUUUCUCCUUUGCCAGCAAGAAAAUGCAUUCUUAACAAUGCGUCAGCUGAUAUUGGGAAAUCACGAUUUGGAAGCGAUCUAUUGCGACAGAGAAUUACAAAGAAGAAUUUAGACAGUAACGUAGAAUUUUCAAACGAUCGAAAAUUGUCAUCGUCAUUAGACGAGACAAAUGAAACGGAUAUCUCGAUGAAUUUAUUAUCACCAAAGAAAACGGAACAAUUCAAUUUGGAUAUUAAUACCGUAUCGAACGAAAAAUGUGCGGAAUCGAUCCUAGAGUUGAUGAAAGCUACGAUAGUAAAAGAUCCAGCUGACGUCACCGUAUUUAAAGGGAACAGCGCAGUAGUCAGAGUAACUUAUCAAGGACGUCCCGAACCGAUGAUUAAGUGGCUUCGAGUGAAUCGCGAACUGCAGCCAGAUGAGAAGAUUAGGAUAAUCAGCGGGGACGGUACAUCUUGCCUGACAAUAGACAAUGUGACAUACGACCACGCUGGAAAAUACGAAGUCUCAGUGGAAAAUUUAUUGGGCAAGGAACGAAGAUUUUUCAGUUUAGCUGUGGAAGGUCAACCCGAACCAGUCGCGGGUAAACCGAGUGUGAAUCUUAGUACUGGCCAAGCUACGAUCGUCUGGAGAUCGCCACCUUAUGACGGAGGUCGCACAGUAAUAGGAUAUACAGUGGAAGCAAAACACGCCGGUGAAAGCACGUGGACGGUAAUUACCGAGUCUUGUCAUUCGCUGAGUCAUACGGUAUUGUCAGCUGAAACGAAUUCUGUGACACCGGGUGAGAGUUACCGUUUUCGCGUCCGAGCUGAAAAUAUUCACGGUCUUAGCGAUCCUAGCAUGGAAUCUGAUCCCGUCAGAAUCCCGAAGCAAGGAGAAACAAUGUUGCAAGAGGAGGACGAAGACGAAUUCGAGCCGAGCUUUGCGGCUCGUAUAGUAGAACCGGAAGAGGGAAGACUUUUCGGCGAAAAAUACGAUGUUCUUGAAGAGCUAGGAAAGGGCCGAUAUGGUAUAGUUAAAAAAGUCAUCGAGCAAUCGACGGGCAUGAGUUUCGCUGCAAAAUUCGUCAAAACAAUCAAAGCAAAAGAUCGCGAACAGGUGCGCGAAGAAAUCAAAAUUAUGAACGCAUUAAGACAUCCUAAACUUCUACUACUGGCUGCUGCUUAUGAAAGUCCUCGUGAAACUAUACUGAUCACAGAAUAUAUUUCAGGUGGAGAACUAUUCGAGAGGGUAGUAGCAGACGAUUUUACUUUAACCGAGAGAGACAGUAUCCUCUUCAUGCGACAAAUUUGUCAAGGAGUCGAAUAUAUGCACAAAAACAAAAUUGUACAUCUUGAUUUAAAACCCGAAAAUAUAAUGUGCCGUACGCGUACUUCUCAUCAGAUUAAACUGAUCGAUUUUGGAUUGGCACAGACUUUAAAAUCGGACACACCGAUCAGGGUGCUUUUUGGCACACCGGAAUUUAUUCCACCGGAAAUCAUAAGUUAUGAGCCUAUCGGCAUCGAGUCGGACAUGUGGAGCGUCGGUGUAAUUUGUUAUGUUUUACUCACCGGUUUGUCGCCAUUCAUGGGAGAUAACGAUGCCGAAACCUUCGCUAAUAUCACACGGGCAGAUUAUGAUUUAGAAGACGAAGCUUUUGAUGCCAUAUCGAAUAACGCCAAGGAUUUUAUUACCGGAUUACUUAUCAAACGAAAAGAAUUACGCAUGUCUGCCACACAGUGUUUAGAACAUCCAUGGAUAGCACAACACGUUGCGACAAUGAGCAGAAUAGUUUUGCCGACUGAAAAACUGAAAAAGUUCAUUAUACGAAGAAAAUGGCAGAAAACAGGAAAUGCCAUUCGCGCUCUGGGAAGAAUGGCAAUUCUCUCGGCAUAUAAUAGACGUAGUCCCACAGCAACAGCGGAGUCGUCACCUACGCUCGAGCAACGAUUCGAGAUGCAAUAUUCCGAUGAUAGAAUUAAAUCAAUCCGCACUGCUAUCGAUGAAGAUACGGAACGUGUCGUGACAAACGCGAAAGAAAAUUCUGCCGAGACAGAAUCAUGGACGCAUCCCACGUGUGUGACGGAAGGAAAUACCGAGAUACAAAAGACACCGACGAAGGAAGAAAGUAGCUUGAAUGAUCUUUCAAAUCAGAUCAAAGAAAAAACGUCUAAAUUACAUAUCGAAUUAAUUCCAAAAAUACAAGACAUCACGACGCGUCUGGAAAUUUUAGCGUCGAAAGAGAACGAGAAAAGUGACAAAGAGUUAAUCGAAAAAUCUUCCCAAAUGGACGCGAUUCCGAAAUCGCAAGCAUUGCACAGGGUAUUUCGUGGCGAUUCGCGCGAUUCCGGAAUAGGUGAUUGCGGUUCGACCCAGAUGACAUCCUCAUUACAAAUAGACGAACUAGAAAUAGAGUCCACUAUCGUAGAAGAAGUAGAUCAUGAGACUCACAACCGAGAAAGUAAACGAACAUUGAGAAAGGAAGAAACUCGACAAACUUCUACGGGGGGGAUGAUAGCGAGUUUAGUACAAGAUAAAAAAAACCCUCUUCUUCACGAUACCGGAAUUAUUACGGUCAACGACAAGGUAGCUACAAAGAGUGACGUGACUAAAGCUUCGUGUGAAACUAAUCCUGUGCGGAAAGUUGCCGAUGAGAAUACGAAUGCAAGGAUACUAAGCGGACGCAAUCGCGAUAGAUUCCUUCCAACCGGAAACGUAAGUCGCACGGCCAAGAUAUUCGAAAAAGAGAGUGGAACAUCGAAAUCGGAUAAUUCACAGAUUCCGCAACGCACGUAUCCUGCCGCUUUGGUCGCAGGAAAGCCGCACAACGAAAGAAUACAGAAAGCUUUCGCGUUCUGGAAUAAAUAAAGAUAUCUGUUGAAAAUACACCGGUACCGGAAUAAAAUACAAAUCGAAGUAGAUAGAACUUCGUAACAUUUUCAAGCGAUAUAGAAAUGCAUUGUUUAUGAGAAAUCACGAAUAUAUAGAAAUAUUGUUCUUUACGCACAUAUAUGUACAGUAGUAAUGUACAAUCUGUUGAAUAUAUACCUGUUGAAGUCAUAAUCCUUGCACGCUCCUAACAUUGAAAAAUAAAUAUAAAUUGUUUUAUCAAUUGUGUUAAUAUAUAUAUAUAUAUAUAUAAAUCGUACCGAUGUGACAAAGAGACAAGCACUUCAUAGAAUGAAUGAUCAUUUCCAUAAAAAAAUUUAUAUGAGAAAACAAUUUGUAAUUUUUAUCGCGUCGCAGAGUUUGAAAAAAAAUCCAGCUUUCAAAAUCUGCAAGUCGCCACUUAAUUUUUUUUCUAUUUAAAUGCUAAUAAUUGUAUUCGCAAAUUAAAUGAAUAUUCUUGUGCUGCAUUAAAAAUACAUUUCAGUUUGAAACGUAAUUUUGAAACAUCAGUGCCAUGUAUAAAUAUAUAUUCAUGUGCACACAAUUGAUACUUUUGUUAAAUAUAGCACAUAUCUUAUAGUACAUAUACAUAAAACAUUUUUAAGAAAUACAUAUGUACAUAAUUUCUUGAUGAUUGAUAUAAUAUAUCUGGUACAAUACCUCCCAGCAAAGUAUAAUAUUAUACUCAUGUUGUGGAAGCAUAAGUGCACUUUGUUAAAUCAAAAAUAAUUAUUUCUGCGGACAUAUCCCUGCAGUUGUAUUGCAAAGAUGAGACGGACAACGUCUGUAUUAUUGUAUUACGAUAAGUUAUUUACAUAGAAAAAUAAAGGAUAUAUCUAUGUAUU